AUGCGCUGGACGGCAUCGUCUCGGCCCGGCGCCAGGAAUCUUCUGUAUCUCAAACACGCGAGGAGAAGACCAUGCCAGAGGCUGGGGAGGCCACCCUUCCUGGGCCGGGUCCGCGGCGAAGCCCCUCCAGACGAUGGGACUGUUCACUGGAUUUGGUGGGAGGCAGGUGGUAGGGCUGGCGUAGCGCUGGAGUGGAUACAGGGCAACUGGAGCUCGGGACCAGGCGGAGGAGGCCCCGAGGGUGACGAGGUGGGCUCAGGGUCAGAGUCCGGGUUGGGGUCUGGUUAUGGUGGCGGCAGCGGUGAGUGGGCCGAGGGCGGAGCGAUGCUAAGUGUCAUCUGGGAGACGGAGGGGCUUCAGACUGUGGGCAUCGUGGUGCUGGUUUUCGCAUCCAUCAAGUUGCUUCAUCUUCUUGGGCUCAUCAGCUUCUCAGAGGGUAAGCUUUGA